UGUUACCCAAAUGCAGCAUCGAGACUGAGGAGCUCUUUCACAGAAGGCAGAGCAGUGAGAUGGCUUAUUUCAGCUUCCUUAUCCUGACCUCCCUUUGUAUUGCGGGCCGAGAGGCCCUCACCUUAUCUGAAUGUGGAGCAUUCGCUAGACGACCUGAAUACACUGAUAUCUCUGUGGUGUGCGGCACAUCUGCCAUCGACCUGGCCAUUCAAAUCUGCCCCGUUGUUUACACCGGAUACAACAGAAGCUUACUGAUCCUCAACCACAUCCGGGACAACAUGGACUGUCAGGGGACGCUGGACACGUCGGUGGCCCCUCCUGUAGUGAGAUUCAGCUUCCCCAUCAGGGAGGGAAACGCCUGUGGGAGCAACUUCAUGACCACGAGUGCACCGGGGACGGGAAUAUUCUCGGACUUCUCCAACAUCCAGACGGUGAACGUCAGCGGGGUGAUCCGAUCCUUCGACCCCACCAUGGGGACGAUCACCUACAAUGCAGAGCUUAAGUAUUUCUAUUCCUGUGCUUACCCACUGGAGUAUCUCAUUAACAACACCCAGGUGGACGUGUCAUCCUCCUCCAUCGCUCUGAAGGACAACAAUGGGAGCUUCAUCAGCACCCUCAGCAUGGCCCUGUAUAAGGAUGUAAAUUACACCACACCCCUGGUCAUUCCACCUCUGGGUGUGGAACUCAGAACAAACAUCUACGUGCAGGUGGAGGCAUCCAACCUGACAUCCCAGUACUUUGUGCUCCUGGAUCGGUGCUACGCCUCGACCAACGCGCAGCCUUCCAACUCCACCUUCUUCAAUCUGUUUGUCUCGUGCUCCAAAGAUCAACUUACCACCAUGCUGGAGAAUGGGGAUAGCCAAAAGGCACGCUUCUUCUUCCCGGCUUUCCGCUUCAUCGAGCAGCAAAAUGAGACUAUCUCCACAUACUAUCUGCACUGCAUCACCCGACUCUGUGAGAGCAGCACCUGCAGCACCUUCAAGCAAUGCAACCGGAAGAAGAGGAGUGUGGAGACCACGGUGGUCCAGGAGAGCAUCACUGAGCCGUCUGUGCUCACUGUGCCAAUAAAGGCCAAGACAGAGACCCCUGCUCUUUCCAAAGAAGAGGCGAUGUCUGGUGGCCAGUCUGAUGGCAAGCGGGCGUCUGUUGGCCUAGGAAUUGCUGUCGCUAUCCUCGUUGUGAUGGGGGUUGCAGCCAUUUUGAUGGCAGCAUCUUUUUAUAGAAAACUGAAGCGGCUAAGCUAGCAGCAGCCCAAUAAAUGUUGAUGAGGGAGGGUCAGCACAGGCUAAAUGAUAUAAUGAGUUUGACAGGGUGACAUUCACAUACUGGUGGAGGUGCAUUAUGCAUGUAUGUAGGACUCCUCUGUACCGAAUCAAACUAUUGAUUGGAGCACUUAAUGUUUCUUUGCAAUCCCUAAGGGGCUGUUUGGCUUUAUGGAGGGUGAUGUCUGAAUAAAGCAGCGGUCAUAAUGGCAUGGUAAUACGGAAAGAAAGACAGAAAGAGAGAAAGACACAGAGUCACUAGGUUGGGUUCUUAAAGGUACAGUUUGACAUUUUGGUCUCACAUGUUUCUGGGUUUAUUGGCAGUGAGUAAAUAUUUCUGUCCAAUCCAUUAAUACAUAUUUACAUCCAUGUGUAAACCAUGAACAUCAGUAGAUUGCACUUAAAUUGAGUUUAACAAUUUCAACUGACUUAUGAUGGCCUGUGCUGACAUAAUCUGUUUUAAAAGCAUGUGUAAUUCAUUGAAUUGAACUAGAUGCUAAAUGAGUUCUCCGUUACCCUGCAUUCUGUUGGGGGUCGCACAGACUCCAUGAAUUCAUUUUUAAAGAUCCUAAGAGAAUGAGCGGGUAAAUUCAGUUAUUUAUGUGCAGAAUGAGCAUUUUCCAAAGGAUGAAUUCAAGCCUGUGAAAAAAAAAACCAGGGGGAACUCACUUAGUUUGAAUCCUUGUAAUAAUGUUGAAUCCCAUGUGGCAACUGUUCUGAGAAAGUUUGUAUAUUUCUACGAAGUGAAUGAUUGCUGCUGUGUAUAUUUGUGCCAUUUUUUCAUGUCAGAGUGUGUAUUAUAACUGUAACUAUUAAAGCUUGCAAGAUGUGAAACAAGA